ACUCUUCAGCUAGGGAGGGGCGGGGAGAAAAGUUUGCUGGGUUGGUAAAGUUGGCAACAGAAAGUCCUGGGCAGUGGGGAAGCAUGGAUGCACUAAAGUCUGCUGGGAGAGCCAUCAUUAGGAGUCCGAGUAUUGCCAAGCAGACCUGGGGAGGAGGCAAGCACAAGAAACUACCAGAAAAUUGGACAGAUACCAGGGAAACCCUUUUGGAAGGAAUGCUAUUUCAUCUUAAAUACUUGGGCAUGACCUUGGUUGAACAGCCAAAAGGAGAAGAGUUAUCAGCAGCUGCAGUGAAGAGAAUUGUUGCAACUGCCAAGGCAUGUGGGAAAAAGCUGCAAAAAGUUAUACUGAAAGUGUCACCCAGAGGAAUAAUAAUUUAUGACAGUGGAAAUAACCAACUGAUAGAAAAUGUUUCAAUCUACAGAAUAUCAUAUUGCACAGCUGAUAAACUUCAUGACAAGGUUUUUGCCUACAUCGCACAGGGCCAGCAGAAUGAAACCUUAGAAUGCCACGCAUAUCUCUGCACAAAAAGGAAAAUGGCCCAGGCAGUUACUCUAACAGUGGCUCAAGCGUUCAAAGUAGCAUUUGAAUUUUGGCAGGUAUCCCGAGACACUACAAGUAACUUACUGGAUUUAGAAGAUGGCGUGAAAGAGCUAGAUAUAUUUAAUACCAGUGACAAUCAUUUUGAAGACCUUUUUCAACAAGAUGCCUCCACAGAAAACAAUAACAUUGUGUGGGAAUUAGAUGAUGGACUGGAUGAAGCAUUUUCAAGACUUGCAGAGUCCAGAACCAAUCCUCAGGUCCUUGACAUCGGACUGACUGCAAAUGAUCUUCAGACAGAAGAAUGCUUCUCUCCUUCUAACUGGGACAAAAUGGAAUUGAAUCCUGCAGAUGGCGAUGAACUAUUUUUGUUCUAAUUCCAAAGCUCUUUGCCAAUCUUCAGAACAAAGAACUUAAUAUUGGUGGCAAGAAAAAAAGAUAGCUAACUCAUUUCAGAUGGAACUGGAAGACCAAAGCUUUAAAAUGUACAAUUCUAUUUUUAUUUUUAUAACACCAUGGAAGUGACAAAUGAAAAGCUAUCAGAUAUAUAUAAUAUAUAUAUUUAAUACAGCUAGCAACCUGAAAAAAGCCGCACACUAUGCCCAAUGUUAUCUUAAGAAGGUUUUGAAUUUUCUUUUUUUAGGUAUUGCUUUAAGACCCUUUUUGUAUUUCACUAUUUAAUGCAUCAUUAUAUUUAGCGUUUAUUACAAUGCUUGGCAGGUCAUCAAGACCAUCCAUGAUAAAGGGCCAUGUUUACAAAAA